AUGGGUUCAUGUUGUAGCUGUUUGAAAAAUACUUCAGAUUCGUAUUCAGAUAAUGAAUCCAAUAUCAAUGAUUCUCAAUUUAACAAUACAAACAAUGCUAACAUAGACGAUGACUCUAACAUCCUACCCAUUGCAGAUAAUGAAAGAGAAGCCGUCACUGCAUUGUUAGGAUAUUUAGAAAAUAAAGAUAAUUUGGACUUCUAUUCAGGUGGUCCAUUAAAGGCAUUAACCACUUUAGUCUAUUCGGAUAAUUUGAAUUUACAAAGAAGCGCAGCUUUAGCAUUCGCUGAAAUUACUGAAAAAUACGUUUGUCAAGUUGAUAGAAAAGUCCUAGAACCAAUUUUAAUUUUAUUACAAAGUAAUGAUUCUCAAAUUCAAAUUGCCGCUUGUGCAGCUUUGGGUAAUUUGGCUGUAAAUAAUGAAAAUAAAUUAUUGAUAGUAGAAAUGGGUGGAUUAAAUCCAUUAAUUAAUCAAAUGAUGGGAGAUAAUGUGGAGGUUCAAUGUAACGCGGUAGGUUGUAUUACCAAUUUGGCUACAAGAGAUGAUAAUAAAAGCAAAAUUGCAACUUCUGGUGCAUUGAUUCCAUUGACAAAAUUGGCUAAAUCAAAGCAUAUGAGAGUACAGAGAAACGCCACGGGGGCUCUACUGAAUAUGACCCAUUCAGGUGAAAAUAGAAAAGAAUUAGUAAAUGCUGGUGCUGUCCCAAUCUUGGUGUCUUUACUGUCAUCUACUGAUCCUGAUGUUCAAUAUUAUUGUACUACUGCAUUAUCAAACAUUGCUGUAGAUGAAGAAAAUAGACAAAAAUUAUCCCAAACUGAACCUCGGUUGGUUACUAAGCUAGUGAAUCUAAUGGAUUCAACUUCUUCAAGAGUCAAAUGUCAAGCAACUUUGGCAUUAAGAAAUUUAGCAUCCGAUACAAGUUACCAAUUAGAAAUUGUGAGGGCAGGAGGAUUGCCUCAUUUGGUUAAAUUGAUUCAAUCAGAUUCAAUUCCAUUGAUAUUAGCAAGUGUUGCUUGUAUUCGUAAUAUAUCCAUUCAUCCAUUAAAUGAAGGGUUAAUAGUAGACGCUGGUUUUUUAAAGCCUUUAGUUAAUUUACUAGACUAUAAAGAUUCAGAGGAGAUUCAAUGUCAUGCAGUUUCCACCCUAAGAAACUUAGCAGCUUCUUCAGAAAAGAAUCGUAAAGAAUUUUUCGAAAGUGGUGCUGUUGAAAAAUGUAAAGAACUAGCCCUAGUAUCACCUAUCAGUGUUCAAAGUGAAAUAUCCGCAUGCUUUGCAAUCCUUGCAUUAGCAGAUGUCUCAAAAUUAGAUCUUUUAGACAUGGAUAUACUAGAUGCACUAAUCCCAAUGACUUAUUCUGCCAAUCAAGAGGUUUCAGGAAACGCUGCAGCUGCCUUAGCCAAUUUAUGCUCAAGAAUAAAUAACUAUAAUAAAAUCAUUGAAUUCUGGAACAAACCCAGUAAUGGCAUUCGCGGUUUCUUAUUAAGAUUUUUAGAUAGUGAUUAUGCAACAUUUGAGCAUAUUGCACUUUGGACGAUAUUACAGCUCUUAGAAAGUCAUAAUGAAAAAAUAAUGAAUUUAGUCAAAUCAGAUAAAGACAUGAUUGAUGGGGUUACAAGAAUGGCUAAUGUAACAUUUGAAAGAAUACAAAAUUCUGGUAUAGAUAUAAAUGAGAAUGGCGAAAACAGAGCUGACAAAAAUAAGAAUGGACAAGCAAAUGGAGAAAUCGAGAAUUCUAGAAUGUCCGAACCAGUAGAAGAUGCAAGCAUAGAGUUAUACAAUAUUACUCAGCAAAUACUUCAAUUUCUAAACUAA